UUUAUUUUUACAAAAAAAGAAAAGAAAAAAAAGAGAACAAGGCCAUGAACCGAAAUUUGAAAGUAGGUGUAGCAGCGACGGCAAUAGUGGCACUAGCCUCCAUCAUCAUAACGAAUCCCAACAACAUCUUUGCACCACCUCCCUUACCUUCGUCCAAUGAUAAUCUCCACUCUGCUAAGAUCGUUCCUAUAACUGGAGCUGUAGGACCGGAAAGCCUCGUCUUUGAUCCAAACGGAGAAGGGCCUUACACUGGUGUUGCUGAUGGCAGAAUUCUCAAGUGGCAAGGAGAUUCUCUUGGCUGGACUGAUUUUGCUUUCACUACUUCUAAUAGUGUUCUUAAUUUUGACUCCAUGGAAACCUCAAUGUACAAGGAAGGAGUGCAUCCGCCCAUUUGCACCAGAACUGGAGCAUGUGUGUGGCAGGCCAUUGGGACUACGCUUUGAUAAGAAAACUGGAGAUCUCUACAUUGCUGAUGCCUAUUUAGGUCUUCAAGUUGUAGGUCCAAAUGGAGGCUUAGCCACUCCAGUAGUCUCUGAAGUUGAAGGCCAUCCCUUGCGAUUCACUAAUGAUAUGGAUAUUGAUGAGCAGAAUGAUGUGAUCUACUUCACGGAUACAAGCAAAAUCUUCCAAAGAAGGCAAUUUAUGGCGUCAAUUUUGCAUAAAGACAAGACAGGCAGAUUGCUGAAGUAUGAUAAGUCAAGCAAGGAAGUAACAAUCUUACUAGAAGGCCUGUCUUUUGCCAAUGGUGUAGCAUUGAGCAAGGACCGGUCCUUUGUGCUAGUAGCAGAAACCAGUACUUGUCAAAUUUCAAGGUUUUGGCUUCAUGGCCCUAAUGCUGGAAAGGUUGAUGUUUUCGCGAAGCUUCCAGGAUUUCCAGACAACAUUAGAAGAAAUUCAAAAGGGGAGUUUUGGGUAGCUUUGCAUGCCAAAGAAGGAUUUCUUGCAAAGUUGGCACUUUCAAAUUCAUGGAUUGGAAAGACAUUGUUGAAAUUUCCACUUAGCUUUAAGCAACUGCAUUCAUUGUUAGUAGGAGGGAAGCCACAUGCAACUGCUAUAAAACUGAGUGGGGAUGGUAAAAUUGUACAAGUUCUGGAAGAUUGUGAUGGCAAGAGAUUGAGGUUUAUCAGUGAAGUGGAAGAGAAGGAUGGGAAGUUAUGGAUUGGAUCGGUUUUGAUGCCUUUCCUAGGUAUUUACAAUCUGUAAUAAAUUUCUUGUUCAUUUGGGAUUUUGAUGUAAUUUGCUUUCUCUUAAUCUAUUGCAUACUUGGUGAAAAUCUGUUUGUAAUAAAUUUUUAGUUAAUGAGCUCCAAAUCGUACCAAAUUAUGCAUUAACAAUAAAAACUCUUUAGUCUUUCCUUAGAA